AUGGCCACAUCACCACCACCCCCGCCCGGGCCUUCCUCACCUUCCUCCAUCCCCUGCACCCUCAACGGCCGCUACCUCAACGCAAAGACAAGUCACCCCUUGACAAUAAAGUACAUCGGGCCGCUUCCACCCAACACGACGUCGGCGACGACGUGGUUCGGGGUCGAGUACGACGACCCGGCAAACGGCAAGGGCCACGACGGAGUCUACAGGGGCGAGCAGGUAUUCCGCGCGCGGCAGGCGGGCGCGGGCGCGUUUAUCAAGUAUGCGCCAGGCGUACUUCUCGCUGGUUCGACGCUCGUCGAUGCAGUGCAAGAGCGCUACGGGCCGCUCGUGCCCGGCCAGGAGGAGGCAGAAGUGGCCGCCAGCGCUCCGGGCGCGGACGACGUCGUGCUCGGCUCGUCGAACGCCGCGAUCGUCGUCGAGGCGCCCAACCUUGAUGGUGUGCGGAAACGGAUCGGCCAGCUCGAACGACGCAAGGAGAUCGGGUUCGAGGGCGAGUGGGUCGCGUCGCUGGGUGGGAGCGCCGAGCAGCGCAGGGUGUUCAAGGAGCGGCUGGCAGGCGUGCGCACCCUCGAUCUGUCGCGUAACCUCGUGUCGACUUGGAGCGAGAUGGCCGACAUUGUCGCGCACCUCACCGGCCUGAGGAGUCUGAUCUUGAACCACUCGCGCACACUGUGCACACCCGACCUCGACGACGAGCAGCGUGCCCCGCUUCGACAAGUGUUUGGCAACAUCACCGAGCUUCACCUCGGCAAUGCGGCGCUCUCGUGGGCAGAGGCGCUCGACAUCGCUUCAGUGUUCCCCAACCUCGAGGUGCUGUUCCUCAACGAUAAUGCACUGUUGUCCAGCCUGGAGAGGCGGGCGGAUCAGGACGUCGCGGCGUGUUUGCCUAAACUCAAGACGCUGAGCUUGGACAACUGUCCUCUUGGAGACUGGGCGGCGAUUGGUGCAGAGCUGGUUCAUCUCCCGAGCCUCGAAGCCCUCAACCUGAGCGGUGUCCCAGUAUCGACGAUCCCAUCACCCACCUCACCACCAUUCAUCCAUCUCACCCGCCUCGUGAUGUCCGACUCGCGCCUCGCAGCGUGGCGCGACAUUGACGAGCUCAAUCAGUGGACAAGUGGCAAGCUUGAACACCUCAGGAUAUCAUUCGUGCCGAGGGAUCCAGCCGCAAGCCCGGUGUUGAUAUCGGGCGACGCGCGCGUCGACCGGUCGUUCCUCAUCGCCAAGCUGUCAUCCCUCACAACGUUGAACGGGUCGCAGAUCACAUACUUUGAACGCACCGACGCCGAGCUGUACUACCUCCACGCCGUGGACCGCAUUGACGGCCCCAAGUCCGAGUGGGGCCAGUACGACGACCUGCAGCGCAAGCAUGGGCAGGCCGAGAAGCUCGCGCCGGUGAAACCGACCAACCUCAAGUCGAAGAUGAUGAACAUACAUGUCAUCCCGCCCAGCGGCGAGACGCUCACCCUCCGCCUUCUGCGCACCGCGCAGGUUGCCGUGCUCAAGAAGCGCGUCGCAAAGCAGAUGCACCUCGACGCCGUGGCGAUUUUCACGGCCAGACCCGCUCUGUUUGAGGGCAUGUGGGAGCCCGUGGAGGAGAUGGACGAGGGGGUGGAGCUUGGAAUGUGGCUGUCAGACGGGGACACGGUGCUUGCCGUGGUGUAGGCGGGG